CAUGCUUGCGGGGCUACACUAGAGCAGAGUACGAGUCUGAGGCGGAGGAAGUCAUGGCAGGACAAGCGUUUAGAAAGUUUCUUCCACUCUUUGACCGAGUAUUGGUUGAAAGGAGUGCUGCUGAAACUGUAACCAAAGGAGGCAUUAUGCUUCCAGAAAAAUCUCAAGGAAAAGUAUUGCAAGCAACAGUAGUCGCUGUUGGAUCGGGUUCCAAAGGAAAGGGUGGAGAGAUUCAACCAGUUAGCGUGAAAGUUGGAGAUAAAGUUCUUCUCCCAGAAUAUGGAGGCACCAAAGUAGUUCUAGAUGACAAGGAUUAUUUCCUAUUUAGAGAUGGUGACAUUCUUGGAAAGUACGUAGACUGAAAUAAGUCACUAUUGAAAUGGCAUCAACAUGAAGCUGCCCAUUCCACUGAAGUUCUGAAAUCUUUCAUCAUGUAAAUAAUUUCCAUAUUUCUCUUUUAUAAUAAACUAAUGAUAAUAAAAAAAAAAAAAGAAAAAUAAAUCAUAUAGUUUCACAACUCUCUCUGUAAACCCACUUCAGGUAACUUAUUGUACAGCUUUAAACUGCUUGCCCUCACAGUAGAAAGAGUAGUUGUUUAGGUUUAGAGCAGUGGUUCUCAACUAGGGGGUAGUUAGGUCUCCCAGGAGAUAUAUGGCAAUGGAGUUUUUGGGUAAUCAAAACUGGAUGUGAUGCUGCUAAGCAUCCAUAAUGAACAGGAUAGCCCUUCCAUAACAGAGAACUAUCUGACACAAAAUGUCAGCAGUGCUGAGGUUGAAAAACCCUGGUCUAGAACAACGCCCAAGGAAAGUUUACUCACCUUGGCUUCCCCAAAAACUAUGUAAGUAUCCGAAGCAGGGCUCUUGUAGACAUCUGGUUUUGUGAUGACAAAGAGGAUAUUCUUAGAUUUCCGGAUAGUGACUCUAGUAAC